ACAUCCGGUCCGGACCAACGCGGCGGCGUGCGAUACAGCCCGGACGGGGGAAAAAAGAUAGCCAGUGCGUGCGUGCGUGCGUGUGUAGUUCGACGGUGAAGGUUUGUUGCACGGUGCCCGAGUUCCUCAGCCAAGUUGGAUCCCAACAAAAUGGACAGUCCGUGUGAGUCGGAGAGCUCACUCGACGGGGGAGCGAUGCUCCCGCCGAGCCCGGUGUCGCGGGAGCAGCUGCAAAAGCGCAUCGAAAGUCUCACGCAACAGAACAAGGUGCUGAAGGUAGAGCUAGAAACGUAUAAAAUUCGUGUAAAAGUCAUCCAGGAGGAGAACCGUGCCCUGCGCCAAGCGUCAGUUAUCAUCCAAGCGAAAGCGGAGCAGGAGGAGGAGUACAUCUCGAACACGCUGCUCAAGAAAAUACAGGCGCUGAAGAAGGAGAAGGAAACGCUGGCGCACCAUUACGAGCGCGAGGAGGAGUGCCUCACAAACGAUCUGUCCCGCAAGCUCGACCAGCUGCGGCAGGAAAAGUGCAAGCUGGAGCAAACGCUCGAGCAGGAGCAGGAGUGUUUGGUGAACAAGCUGAUGCGCAAGAUCGAGAAGCUCGAGGCGGAAACGUCCGCAAAGCAGAACCAUCUCGAGCAGCUGCGGCGCGAGAUGGUCGAGCUGGAGAACACGCUCGAGCAGGAGCAGGAAGCGCUGGUGAACAAGCUGUGGAAGCGCAUGGACAAGCUGGAGGCGGAAAAGCGCUCGCUGCAGAUCAAGCUGGAUCAGCCGGUGUCCGACCCGACCAGCCCGAAAGAGAUCAGCCAUCAUCGCAACGAGAAUGGCAACGACACGGCCACCCAGCUGACCGCACACAUCACCAACCUGCGCUCGGAGGUGGACCAGCUGCGCAGCAACCUGGCGGCGGCCGAGAAGGAAAGCAAGGAAAAGACGCAACAGUUUGCGCACGAGGAGAAGUGCAUACGCGAUGAAAACAAGCGGCUGCAGCGCAAGCUGCAGCAGGAGGUGGAACGCCGCGAAGCCCUCUCCCGGCACCUGUCCGAGUCGGAAUCGUCGCUCGAGUUCGAGGACGAGCGGCUGUUCAAUGAGAACGUUUCGGCACUGGCCAGCCAGCGCCCGAUCAGCCCGGGCGGGCUGACGCGCUGCAUCACGUGCGGGCAGCUGGUGAGCCGGCGGGCCAGUGAGCGGUUUAUCAAGCCGGCCAUACCGCACGGACUGAACACGUCGGCACCGAAUGUGCUUUCCUCGCAUCACUCCACCGGCGGCGGCGGUGGUGGUAAUCUAUUCCCACUGCUCGGUGGCGGAAGCGGUGGCAGCACCGGCGGCGGCGGCGUUGGUGCCGGCUCGCUCAACAGUAGCAUCGGUUCGUCCGCCUCGAACAACACUAGCAGUAAUAUCUCGUUCACCGGCAAUACGUCCUUCGUGCAACCGGCCAGCCCAAUGGAUACCUCGAUGUGCAAGGAUUAAACUGUCUGCGACUGUGUCGCUCGCGCGCAGAAUAGAGAACCAGGUUGGUAGCAGCAGCAGCAGCAGCCCGUUCUUUCCCUUUUCCUUUUUAUCGUAAGCCGGGGAAGCCCAACAGCCCCCGGCACACCGUGUGCGGAUAUAGGAAGCACACUUGAAACUGAAGCUUAGCUUUUUCGUCCUUCAAACGCCGAUCGUCGUCAUAGCAGCAGCAUCGUUACAGGGUUUCGCUGUUACACGACUGAACCGUGUCCGAUGUGCAACCAUACGCUUUUCCUCUAAAACCCGUUUGCCGCAAAACGACAUUACGAUCGUGUAUCGUGAGGAAUGGUAAAAAAGUAAAACAAAACGCUGCCUCUAUAAAUAUGCAUACACGCUUUUCCAAAGCGGAUAAAGAUCAGUUAGAAGUUAGCGAUCGCGGCACACAACCCAGCAGCAGCAGCAGCAGUAGCAGCAGACGAAGAUGAAGAAACCCCUCCAAGGCACGAUCUUAUGCAGAGUGAAUGUAUAAUUCGUUCACGCUUUUUCUAUUCUUAUACUUUUAUUUUGGGGUUUUUUUGGAGGGAAUUUAUAGAAGAAAUCAUUCAGUUCGGCAAACAGUUCGUAACGGACAGCUGUUGGUGGGAUCGGUUGGGUGUGCAAGAGGGAGAGAGAGAGAGAGAGAGAGCUAGUACGGAAGUAAGAAAAAGCAACAAGGACAUACAAAAAAGGUUUGAAAACACGUAAUAUUUCGGAUACUAAUUAUCAUUAGAGAACACUAGAAGCAGUAAACGCAAGUUGUUCGCAUUCAUACAGGAUGGAAAAUGUUCCUCGCUCGCUAAGGAACCUCUUCUUAGCGCCGUAUCGCGUACGAUGAAAAUGAAAGAGACAGAAAGAGAUAGAGAGAGAGCAAGAGAGAGUGUUUGUGGAGGUUUGCGACUAACCAUGAAACAGGUGAAUGUGCGCUCGCACUCAACACGUGCUUCAGAGUAGCUAAUCUAGCUAAAGACAGAAA